CGUACUUGGCCAUGUUUCAUAGGGACUCCUUUCAACGGUAGGACAACACGGUUGCUAUUGACAGCAGCAGCAGCGAAUUACUGGGUGUGGAUGCAGUUCAGUUAAAGUUGUGUUAUUAAAUUAAAUAGGUUCUUUAUGAAAACUUCAACAUUGGAUAUUUGAAACACGGACGUGAUUUCCAUCAAACAUGGAGAUAACUUGACAGAAACAACUUGGGUAACAAAUCACUCCGUUUAUGAAAACCAAGCAGAUGAAACGGCCCAUACUUGAUAUCCUCUCUGUAUAAUCCCCCGUCGCAAUGGAGGGACAUGUCGUCUUGCUUGGGAAAUAAUAUUAAUUUUAAAGGGUUCACAUUUUAUUGAGAAGACCAUGCAAAGUAGUUUUGUCACACUAGUAGAACAAGGCUGCACGGUAAGCACACCCAGCGAACUCCCUGGUUUAGCGAAUGCCAGAGUCCAUUUUUGCGUACUUAACCAAGGCAUUGACUCGCUUUGAUUCAACAUUCUCUGCUGCGCAGGUGAUGCCAAGGUCAUGAGAGACAACACUGCUGAAAAAAAAAGUCCGUGUUGUUAAACAUGCACCUUAAUCUGGGAAUAUCACAAGAAGAUUUUGUUGAAGAUUAGCCUACUGCUCGAAAAUAUACGGAUUAAGAGGAGUUACUGUAAUUUUGUCAUAUGGGCUACAGUAAAGAAUACUUGUCAAGCUUUUCAACCACAGUCAAAAAGAUGGAGUCCUCAGCCAAAACAUGGAGAGUGGUCAAGGCUGUACUGGUAGAUAAUUAAGCGAAUCAGUGAGAGAAAAAAAAUAUGAAAAAGGGAUUUCACUGUGAAGGGGAUUUGUACAAUAGCAAGCCAUGUAACGAAAUGGCAAAUGUCUUUUUUCGAACAAAAUAAGAGUGCUAGGGCACUGCGCUUCACAUAGCUGGCACUAAGCAUGGUUCAGUUCCUACUGUGUAAUUAUAUUUUGGUACCUUGAAUUGAGGACAGUACAGAAGCCCUGUGAUACACUCCGUGAACAAUGAGUGGACGCGUCCCAUUGGCAGAGAAGGCUCUUUCAGAGGGGUUCGCCAGACUCCGGUACCGGGACACUUCGCUACUCAUUUGGCAGCAGCAGCAACAGGAUCUGGAGAAGUCUCCCCCGAGCAGCUACCUGAGCCGCAGUCAGAGUGCCUGGUACUCCCAGUUCGGAAACCAGGCUAUCUUAGUGAGGGACAAAACUAAACUGGAGAGCCACAGGGACACGGGGCAGUCCAGGAUUUGCUCAGUAAUGUAAAAAAAAAACAAACAAAAAAAAAAAAAAAACAUGCAGGAAGAACGACGUUUUGCAAUACAAAAUAAUCUUUAGAAUUACUGUGCUGUACAGGGGACGGAAGUAAGACUUCUAUAUCUUAAUAGCAGUUUCACCCAUUGCAGGGUUUUUUUUUUUUUUCACGAGCUUGAUUAGCCACAGUGUAUAGGUGACAAGCUCAGGUGUGUCUUAUUAAACAGGGAUUAGAUUAUUAUUAUUAUUAUUAUUUAUUUCUUAGCAGACGCCAUUAUCCAGGGCGACUUACAAUUGUUACAACAUAUCACAUUAUACAUUAUUUUACAUUAUACAGAUAUCACAUUAUUUCUUACAUACAAUUACCCAUUUAUACAGUUGGGUUUUUACUGGAGUAAUCUAGGUAAAGUACCUUGCUCAAGGGUACAACAGCAGUGUCUCCCACUGGGGAUUGAACCCACAACCCUCCGGUCAAGAGUCCAGAGCCCUAACCACUACUCCACACUGCUGCCCAUGGGAGCCUUAUUUCCAUCCCUGGCUGUGCUGUGUUUCCAAAGUCCUGACCCUUGUGUAUACUGGGACAUUACUGCAUAUUAUAUUACCACCAGCAAUAAGACAGAAAACAUAAAACCAGGACUUUUGAAACACCCUUUACAAUAUGUCAUACAAGCUGUUUUCAAAUAUGAACUACAUGAACAAAUGGUUUACAUAUAUAUCCUUAUAUAAUGUAUAUCCUGCUUGAAGAUAAAUGGGGGUUUAAGCAAACUGGGCAGUGUCUGCUUUCUGAUAGAAUACACAAAAGGCUGAACAAAAGAACAAAACAGGCACACAGGAAUUACAUGUUGUGUAAUAUUGAACAUGACAGUGGUAUUUAGUAGCUUUAAAAUGAGAACAAUACAGAAAAUUAAGUUAGUCUAUAAAAACAGGGCUCGAUGCAGCAGGCUAAUUCAACAGACUUUCACCUCUGGAGCCCUUGGUUUGAAUCUGACUUGGCUCAUUUAGGUUUGGUGGUCUCAGCCUGGUCCCCAGUGAUUAUUACAGUAUUGCAUCACACAAUUCAGAAUGGGUACUUUCUGCUUGCGAGAGGCAGAAUGGCAAGGGGUGUUCAGGUCAGAGUUCAUAGCACCUGACUCAAGCUUGUGCCAUUGAACACCUCCAUGAACUAAAUUCACAAAAAGCACAUAUAGCCUAGUGACUUUCUAACCACCCUGUAUUUUGAUUGUUUAGACAAUCUAAAUGAAAUAAGACAUGCAUUCUGCCAUAAGAGUAUUUGAUCAUACAUUCAAUUUGUUGGACGUAGCAACGUGUUGCGCGUCUUAUCGUUGAACGGCUGUCUGUAUGUAAAGUUCAUUUGCAGCAUUAUUGGUGGUUUCUUUUACUAGAGCUUUUUAUGCUGUACUAAAAAAAAAAAUCAUGCCAGUGGAAUGCAACGCAUGUAUCAG